AUGCGGGCGGCGGCGGCGGACCCGGGGCACCGCCCGGGCUCAGCAGCGGGCAGCGGCUCCUGGCUCCUGCCGCUGGCGGCGGCGCUGGCGCUGCUGCUCACGCUGGUGGUGCGGCAGCUGCUGAAGCAGCGGCGGCCGCCCGGCUUCCCCCCCGGCCCCGCGGGGCUGCCGCUCCUCGGCAACAUCCCCGCGCUGGGCGCGGAGCAGCCGCACGUCUACAUGCGGCGGCAGAGCCAGAUCCACGGGCAGAUCUUCAGUCUUGACCUCGGAGGUAUAUCUGCUGUUGUACUGAACGGCUAUGAUGCAGUGAAAGAAUGCCUCGUUCAUCAAAGUGAAAUCUUUGCAGAUAGGCCAUCUCUUCCCUUGUUUAAGAAGCUGACAAACAUGGGAGGCUUACUGAACAGUAAAUAUGGCAGAGGAUGGACAGAACAUCGCAAAUUAGCUGUAAAUACCUUUCGAACUUUUGGAUAUGGUCAAAGGUCCUUUGAACACAAAAUUUCAGAAGAAUCUGUGUUUUUUCUUGAUGCCAUUGAUACAUACAAAGGCAGACCGUUUGAUCUUAAGCACUUGAUAACAAAUGCUGUUUCAAACAUUACUAAUUUGAUUAUUUUUGGAGAACGUUUUACUUACGAAGAUACUGAAUUUCAGCACAUGAUUGAGAUUUUUAGUGAAAACAUUGAAUUAGCUGCUAGUGCUUCUGUAUUUUUAUAUAAUGCUUUUCCUUGGAUUGGUAUCUUGCCAUUUGGGAAACACCAGCAGCUGUUUAGAAAUGCAGCUGAAGUUUAUGACUUUCUUCAUGAUCUCAUUGAACGUGUCUCUGAAAAUAGGAAGCCUCAAUCACCUCGACAUUUUGUAGAUGCAUAUUUAGAUGAGAUGGAUUGCAAUGAAAAUGAUCCAGAAUCUACAUACUCAAGAGAAAAUUUAAUUUUCUCUGUUGGAGAACUCAUCAUAGCUGGAACUGAAACCACAACAAAUGUUUUAAGAUGGGCAGUGUUAUUUAUGGCUCUUUAUCCAAACAUACAAGGGCAAGUUCAAAAAGAGGUCGACCUAGUCGUUGGCCCAAACAAAAUGCCCACCUUUGAAGAGAAAUGCAAGAUGCCAUACACUGAGGCUGUUCUACAUGAGGUUCUGAGGUUCUGUAACAUAGUUCCACUGGGGAUUUUUCAUGCAACUUCCAAAGAUACUGUUGUGCGUGGUUACUCAAUUCCUGGAGGCACCACAGUCAUUACAAACCUCUACUCCGUUCACUUUGAUGAAAAAUACUGGAGCAAUCCAGAAGUGUUUUUUCCUGAGAGAUUUUUGGACAGCAAUGGGCAGUUUGUCAAGAAAGAUGCAUUUAUUCCUUUUUCACUAGGAAGAAGACAUUGUCUUGGAGAACACCUAGCUCGAAUGGAAAUGUUCCUGUUUUUUACUUCAUUACUACAACGAUUUCACCUGCAUUUCCCUCAUGGCGUGAUUCCAGACCUCAAACCAAGACUAGGAAUGACAUUACAACCACAGCCUUACCUCAUCUGCGCGGAGAGACGGUGAAGAGAAGGGUCAAGAUUGUCAGGUGGAGCACAAUGCUCCAAGUUGCAGCUCAAGAUCCACUUUGCCUUAUAUUUCUAAACAUGUUCAUGCCAGAAAGCCAACUUAAAGGACUUGCAGAUAAAUUCUGGCUGUUUAUGCACAAAUAAAUAAUUUCUUUUUAUUUGGUUUUUCACAGAAAAAGAACGGAACCAAAAGUGUGGAACACAUCCUAUGUAAAACUGAUGCUUUCACUACAUGGGACUAUUUUAAAUCUAACUUCUGAUAUGGUUUUUAUAUAUUUAAUUACUUAGCAAGUCAUUUUACUUUGAGAGGAUAUUUUUAUAAGCAUGGAGAAUAUGUUUCAAAAUGUUUAUACUUGAAUUCAUCCAUGGAAAUCUCAUUUACAUUAUUCCAACUACGCUGUUCUUUGUAAUUCUCCUUUAAGUUUUCAUAGCUAAAAAGGUUUAAAAGAUAUCUAUUUAAAUUUCUGUAACCAAGAAUAAACUAUCUUUUCCAGCCUUGACACAUUGUCUAAUAAGGCAUUUUAAUCCUUCUUUCUCCUUGCUCUAUAUUCCUGGGUGGUCAUAGUUUUCUAGUGAAUCAGAUAACUGAAUUCACUUUCAGGAUCUUUUAUGACUUCCUUUUGAUUUAGCCAAGUACACAAAGUGUUCAGUUAUUGCCAUACUCCUGACAAUUACAGGAACUUUAUGCCAGUAUGUUGCAUUUCCAGACACGUGUCCUCCAUUGCCUUCCCACACGAAGCACUAUGUAAUGAUUAAUCUCUGCUUAAAUAGUCUGAAAAAAAUCAGUGUUUAUGUGACCAGAGUCACAUGUAACUAUCCUAUGAGUAAAGAAAAUAAGCUGCUCAUCGUUCUGACCAGAGAAGAGAGUUUUUGGGGAGGGAGGUUGGAAUAGGAUGGAGAGAAACACCUUAAUUGCAUUUUAAGCACAAAUAUUAGGCAUAGGAGCUACUUUUGACUUCUGCCAGCUUCAUAUUCUAUUCUUGACAGCUACUCCUUUGAGGUUAAUGGCAGAUAAAAGAUUUGUGUCUGCAGACCCUACAGGAGAACCUGAUACUCUAAAUAUGGCAUGUUUGGUCCCUGCCAUGUGGGGAGAGAGGUCCUCAGAACAAGGU